UAUAAGAGUACCUGUGGCUACUUUAUUUUGCUAGGCUAUGAGAAUAACUGAAAAAAAAACUGAGAACAGUUCCGACUACAUAGUGUGCAAAAACCAUCGGUGAAGAAGUCUGACAAGCUUAUGACCAGCUCUGUACUUGAGGGAUGAUAUGCGAUUGCGCAUCAUCUUAUCUAUGACAUUGCAUCUACAGUUGAUACAUUAAAAUGGUAAAAGAAUUUAGUUCAUAUAUUUUAAUGAUCUUUUCUAAAAUAAAAUGUAAAAUAUCCAUUACAAGUUAGUGUAUUGUUAUGGGUGUACAAAAGUUGGUAUUUUAAAAGUGGUACUUAAUAGCAAUCUAUUUAAUAUAUUAACUAGAUUCUGACCCGUCUUUUAAAAGGCGGGUAUAUUUUUGUUUUGAUUUUUUUUAGAAAUAUAAUUGUCAUAUUUGUAUUUUUCUUUUUUUGUAAUAAGAUUUGUGUUUUUAUUUAAAAUCAUAUUUAUGUAUAAAUCGUAAUCAAAAUCUAUUCUAUAAAAUAAUAGCAAUUUAAAAGUUGAUCUGGCAUACGUUCGAUUUUUUUGUAAUCAUAUGCCCGUAUACCCGUUCUUUUGUAAUAUUUGUCUGUUCUAGAUCUUGACCCGCGGGUAUAAUGUUGGUUUGUAAUUUUUUAUUUUUUUUAUGUUUCUGUAAAUAUGUAACAUUUUUCUGUAAUUUUUUUUAUAUGUUAAAUAAAUUUAAUUUAUAUACCGUUAUAAUCCUAACGUAGUGGUUAGUAUAUAUUUACAGAAAAACGUAGGAAUAAGCGGUUAGAUAACCAAAUUUCGAAAUUGAGCUGAGAAUAAUAGAUUUGAUUCCUGGAAUGUUCUUUUUUUUGUUAAAUAAAUACUCAGAAUUAAAUUAGAUAUGGCCAUAUUAUUAAGUAACAAAUAGGCGUACAGAAAAAAAUACAAAAAUAUAUUUACCUUUUGAAUAAAAAAAAGCAUAUACAUGAUAUCCUUUUUGGGAUAAGCAUUGAAGUUCCUACAAUUAUGGAGUAAAAAACUAUAUCACGUUUUAUAUUUAGAUGCAGUUUGACGAUUCCAUGUGGUAUUUAAAAGGUUGUUAUAUAGAUGCAGUUAUAAAAUAAUUAGUUGAACUACACAUAUAUUAAUAGGUCAUGUUCUUAAUUCAAUAGAUUAGAUAGAUUAAAUCAUUUAAGUUUCUUAUAAAACUGCUAUUUAUAUUUAUUAUUUAUCUUAACUGAAUCAUAAAUUUUUAUUGUAUUGGUCUAAAUUUUAAUCUGUUUUGUUAACUAUCCCACUAUAUAAAAGGACUAUUUUUAAGUUUCCUAAGCCUAUCCACAUGCUCAAAAUAAUCAGGACCAAUCAAAGUGCCACAUCACUGGCGGAAUGGGCUUCAAAUUUAAAAAAAAAAACAAAAUCAUCCCGGCCCACUGAUAUACUCAUCUCGCAGGCUCUUUUGUGACUCAGCCCAUUAAACAAGUAAGGUUCGGGUACGUAUUGGGCUAUUACUCAUCUAGGUCCCCAAUCCAGAGCACUCUCACACCUUGAAAGCGUUCUCUCGAUCCCCUUUCUGAGAAAUCCGUAACCCUAAUCGCCGUCGCUCUCUCUCUUUGUCGAUUGUCUUUCUCACCUCAACCUAUCCCGCAUAACGUCCCCGAGGAGAGUGAUGGCACUUGAAUGUGAUCUCAUCAAUCCUCCAUUCAAGUUCCUUACAGACCUUCCACAUCCCCUCUCCGUCUCGAUGAUAUCUCGAUCCCUAUUUAUACCCUUACCUCAGAUCGUAAAUCCUUACCUCAGAUCAUAAUAUUCACACCCUCAUCAUGGCGAAAAUGGCGAAAACGACCGCGAUCCGCACCGGUGAAGCUUCUCCUCCUCUCCUCUUCCGACAUGUUUCACCAGGGCCAGCCGAUUCAACCUUGAAGUUUAGGCUUCUUCAUUUCUGGGAAGCUCGCAAGAAUGUCAAAGGAGGACCAGGGAUCCUCCUGGGGAUCGAGCUGCUAAUGAUCGAUGCGGAGGGUACUUUGGCUCAGGGGUUCAUCGGUCUGAACCGCCGCAACCAGUAUGAGAAAGAGCUCAAGCGUGGGAGCAUCUACACGCUGACAAACUUCUAUGCAUCCAACAGCAAGGUGAUGUACCAUGUUGCUGAUCAGAGGCUGGUCAUUUGCAUCUCACACGCUUCUGCCCUGUCGAAGGAUGAAGAAGACGAUGAAGGCAUCUUGACAGAGCGGUUCAGGGUCCGUUCCUUCUCGGAAUUUGAAGCCAACUGUGAUCUCAGAGGCGAUCUUCACGAUGUUGUUGGCCACCUUAAGCUGGUUGAUGGUCAGGCUCUCCAUGAGCGUCCUGUUUUGUUCACCAACGAUAACGCAGCUUCUCGGAAAGUGAUGGUCCAUUUGCAGCUCAAAGACGGUCCAGUGAUGAACGUCUAUCUGUGGGACGAGGCCGCUGAAAGUUUCCGAGUCAAGUUUGACGCAAGCGCAUCCACUCCAACUGUUCUAUUGGUCACAACGGUCAAUCCUAAGAGGCUCGGUGGGAAAUUGUGCCUCAGUUCAAUGUCCUCUUCAAGAGUGUUUUUGGAUGAAGAGGUUGACCCCAGCAAGGAAUACUUGGCCUGGUUGGCCACGAACCCUGCAGUAACUUCUUUGGUGAACCCUGUUGAGGUUGUCAAAGCUGAGACUCUCACAAUAGGUGAGAUUGCCGCCUUCAUCAAGCGUCAGCCUCCUCAGGUUGCCUACUUUGACUGCAUUGCCACAAUUGAUGAUGUCAAGCUUGGCACUGAGUGGUAUUACAUUGCUUGCAAGGAUUACCAGACCAAGUUAAACCGUGGGCCUACAACGUUACUUUGUCCAAAAUGCGGGAAUGAAAAUGCUACUGCAGUAGCCAACUAUCGGGUGGAGCUGUCUGUCUAUGAUAAUGAUGAGCAGUGCACGUUCAUCAUUCUCGGAGAUGCUGGGAAAGAUCUCACAGGCAUGAAAGCAACAUAGUUGAUCGAUGCUUAUGUUCAGGAAAAUGGUGGAGAUGAGGCUGAGAUUGAAGUUCCACUGCCACAGUGUUUCAUUGAUGCAAUAGGCCAGACAAAGAAAUUCAGAAUCAAGGUGGCUCACUACAACUUCACUUCUACCAGACUGUCCUUAACCGCCACCAAGAUAGUCUCAGCAGCAGAGUUACCACCAAAGAAUCCCCCACUCAAGAUGCUACCAGGAACUGAAGUGGAGAACACAGAGUUGGCUGAGGGUAGUGGUGGUGGCGCUUCAGCUACUGAGGAGGAGAAGAAGGCAAAGCGUACCAAGCGUAGUGGCUAAAUCACAUGCAGAAUGAUCACUCCAUCAGUGGCUGGUACAGACUGCCUAGUCAAGAUGAUUCUCUAACAACAGUCUACUUAUCUCUCUUUAAACAGUCUUUUUUCCUUCUUGCUAAGACAGUUUGGUAUUGGAAACACUUUAUGGUUUCGUUUGCUUAUUUGAGCUGUUUUGUUUUAUUCAUAGCUUUGCUAUGAAGUUUAAGAAUUAUCAGCAUAAUCUUAUCAAAGUGGUUUGAUUUUCAUUCCUAACUU